AUGGAGCUCAUCGCCUCACUGCCCCAGGCUCCUGGCUUCCACCCCCCGUGCCGGGCUCACAUCCAGCCAGUGAUGGCGAAAGCGCUCCUGCGUCAGAAGGAGCACAGGCAGGGGCAGGCUGGACGAAGGGGGGCUGUGUGGCAGCGCGACCUCCUGGGAGAGGAGGCUUCAUGGAGCCGCCGCCAGCAGGUGACUCGCGCCUGGGCGCGCCGUCCGGUGAGGUGUGUGGACGUGGCGUCUGGGAAGGGUCUGGCGCAGAACCUGAUGCACAGAGGACGCUCGGUAACGGCCUUCGGCGUCCCCGCGGCUGUAGGAGGCCACGUGGAGCAGGUGCCCUCGGGGAGCCGGACCUCAGCCCCGAGCCGCGGCUCCCGCGGGGAGACCCCCUACCUGGGCAGGGGCGGGGCUCCGGCGGCACCCAGCCAAUCGGCUCCCGGGAGGCCCGCCCCGCCCACCCGAGAGGGCGGCGCUUGCGCACUCGGCCUCCGCGGCUCUCCUCGCAGGGGGCGGGGCCGGCCUGCGGCGCUCGGCGCUGACGCCACGCCGACGCGCCCGACGUCGGGCACGUUGACGCCGGCGACGCGCAGCCGGGCCCGCUCCUCCUGCGCUCCGCCAGUGUCCGGCCGCGGGCCGGCCUUAGUGACUGGGGGCUGCGGGCCCGGGGCCGGCGGGCGCGGGCGCGGGCUGCCUUCGUCGGGUCCCGAGCUCGCCCGGAGCGAGCAGCCGCCCGCGACCGCCGCGGAGCCUCGCCCGCUCCCGCCGGCGAGCAAGGUAAGGGAGCGGGACACCGAGGCGGGCUCGGGGCGGAGCGGGGCCGAGGUCGCCCCGGGCGCCGGCCCCCCCCCCGCGGCGGCUGCUCGGCGCUCGCUGUCACCCCCCCCCCCCCACUUUCCCCGGCCGGGACCCCCGGCGGACGCGCCCCGAGGGACGGGCUCCUGCGGCCGCGCGCCGCUCCCUCCCCUGACCGCGGCGCCCCGGUGGCCCCGGUCACUCGGUCACCCCGGCGCCGGGCGCGGGGCCCGAGGACCUGUGGCCGGGAGAAGCAGCGACCCGGGCUGCGCUCCGGUUGUCGGCGGCUGUCGCCGCCCCGGGGUCCGGCGGCUCUGCGGCGCCCGGCGCGGCCGCGAGUGGGGCGGAGGUCGUUGUCGCCGUCCGGCGCGCAGCCCUGGGCAUCGCCUUGUCCGGGGCGCAGCCUCGGGAACCGGCCCCCCGGCCCUCCGCUUCACCAGAUCCAGCCCGAGAAUUCGGGGAGCCGUCAGCCCUCCUCGGGAGCUGACUGCACACAUUCCUAGCAUAACAGCCAGCUCUGAGAGUAACGAGGCCGCCAACCUUUCAGUUAUUAGCUACAGACAGCCGUAA